AUGGGCCUAGAAAUGCACGAAUUUAAUAUAAUGAAACAUUACACUGUGAAUGAGGACGAUGGCUACGAAUGUGUUACCUGUGAUACGGAAACUAUACGAGCAGCUCUUCAAGUCGUACAACGACUAUCGGUAAAGCUGCGUGCACCAUUAAAGGAAAACGAGAAGUUGGUACAUGUCGUACGUUUCGAGCGCGACAUCGAUGAUAUUGAUAAAUGGCCAACUCUGUUGAAUGUGCCGGUAGCAGCGAAAACACAAGUGCGCACUGUAUUAACGCGUUGUCAAGAGCAGCUGAAAAAUGUUUACGAAUACCAAUAUGAUCUCAGACAUUUACGCUUGCGUGAUUAUGUUUUGGCUGGUGGAAUGCAGUUGUUGGACAUGGAUAUCACUCUUGAACAGCGGGAACGUCUAUGGCAUGACGACCUCUAUCUGCAGAUUUUAACAGGUAAAGCAUUUUUUUUUCAGCAUUCAGCACCUCCUCUUUUUUUCUGCUUAAAAUUUACCGCAUCGGAGCUUUCUGUUCAGCAUUUUUCUUUGGCCAGAUGCAAUUCCAAGAACAUGAUAUCAAUUUUCACGUACCUCUGCUUCUUGAGUGCGGACACGUGA